CCGCACACCCCGCUAACCGCUUGCGCGCCGCAGGGCCGCCAUCGAGGGCGCGACGCUGGUGACGAUGGCGCACCUGGAGGAGGCGCGCGACAAGGUGCUGAUGGGGCCGGCGCGCCGCGCGCGGCUGCCGGACGACGAGGCCAACGCCAUCACCGCCUGCCACGAGGGCGGCCACGCGCUCGUCGCCUUCUACACCAAGGACGCGCACCCGCUGCACAAGGUGACCAUCAUCCCGCGCGGGCCCUCGCUCGGCCACACCGCCUACCUGCCCGCCAAGGAGAGAUAUCACGUAACAAAGCAGCAGCUGCUCGCCAUGAUGGACACCAUGAUGGGGGGCCGCGCCGCCGAGGAGCUCGUGUAUGGGCCCGAUAAGAUCACCUCUGGUGAGUCUUGAAGCAUUAUCGAUAAAU